AGAGAGAGAGAGAGAGAGAGAGAGAUGGAAGAGACAAAGUCCAGAUUCAAUAGGAUUUGUGUUUUUUGUGGUAGCAGUUCAGGGAAGAAAGCCAGCUACCAAGAAUCUGCUGUUGAACUUGGGAAGGAGCUGGUGGAGAGAAGGAUUGAUCUGGUCUAUGGUGGUGGAAGCGUGGGAUUGAUGGGUCUUGUUUCUCAGGCAGUUCAUGAUGGCGGGCGCCAUGUCCUAGGAGUUAUUCCAAGGACCCUAAUGCCUAGAGAGAUAACUGGUGAAACUGUUGGAGAAGUGAGAACUGUCUCAGAUAUGCACCAAAGGAAGGCCGAGAUGGCCCGUCAAGCUGAUGCUUUUAUUGCCCUCCCUGGUGGCUAUGGUACCCUGGAAGAAUUGCUGGAAGUCAUUACCUGGGCUCAGCUUGGAAUCCACCGCAAACCUGUGGGGCUUUUGAAUGUGGACGGUUACUACAAUUCGUUGCUGUGUUUCAUCGAUAAGGCCGUUGAUGAAGGCUUUAUUUCUCCUACUGCACGUCACAUUAUCGUGUCUGCUCCAACAGCCAAGCAAUUGGUCAGACAACUGGAGGAAUAUGUACCAGAGCUCGAUGAAGUAACAUCAAAGUUGGUGUGGGAAGAGAUGGACAGAAUAAGCUAUGUAUCUGAACCAGGAGUGGCCACGUGAUGUGUUUGCUCGAUUGAUCAUGCAGAAGUCUUUAUUUUUUGCGUUUUGGUUUCACAGUAUAUACGGUUAAUAUACGGUAUGACACCGUACAUCAUCAGCGGCAGCAGCAGCAGCAGCAUAGGAACUUUGGGUUUUUGUUCUUGUAGCUGAAGCCAGAAACGCUCUCAGGGUUUUUGUUUUUGUAGCUGAAGCCAGAAACUCUCUCAAAGUCCUCUUAUAAUAUAUUUAGUUCGAAGGAAAAGAGAAAAAAAAAAAAAAUUAGAAAAUGAAGGAAAUGCUAGCCCUUUUUGUAAAACUCUGAAGGAAUCAAUUCAAGUUUCUUCUUGGCUAGCUACAUGGUUGUUCUACCGUGUCGAUUCUUUUGUGACGAUGUCUUCUGGGCAUCUACAGUUUCUUUAAAUUUGUGAGGAAAAUGUCAGGAGAAUAUACGAAAAGAUGUGUUGCAAACUUGUCGUAUGGUCCUCAAAACUUCAAAAGUGGA